AUGUUGGCGCUUUUGUUGUCUCGUUUUCGCUGCGGAGGUCGUUGCUCAUGUGAUUAUGUCCGCUUUGGUCUGGACCUGAAGAUUGGCGUUCGGCAUGGUCGAACACAAGUGCUGAGAUCUCACGUAGUAAGCCUAAGUUCAAGGGUUAGACUACGAUCAUCACCUGUUAAACCACAUCUAGUUGUAUCUAUCAGUUUCCUCCGGUAUCCUAUUUGUAUUUAUCCUGCGCUUGCUGUGGCUGCCUGUUGUAUCCCGCGUUUUUUUUUAUUUGUUGUCUGUGAAAUGCAUUGCUUCCGAAGCCCAGCAUUCCUGGAGCCAUGGCCCCCGCAAGAUCGCAAGCCAGAGAACUUCUAA